GGGCAGCCACUCAGCUCUUCUCUGCAGCAGGACCUUACCAGUUCCUCGGUCCAGCGCUGUGCAAUCUUCACGCGCCGGCAUGUUUAGUGUGGGCACCCGGCUGUGACAGCCGGGUGUCCACUGCGCAUGUGCGAGAAGCACUGCACUUUGUGAAUGGUCUGCAGUCUCUGGUCAUCCCCUGUACUGUCUGCAGUCUCUUGGUCAUCCCCUGUACUGUCUGCAGUCUCUGAUCAUCCCCUGUACUUUCUGCAGUCUCUGGUCAUCCCCUGUACUGUGUCCGCAGUCUCUGGUCAUCUCCUGUACUAUGUCUGCAGUCUCUGGUCAUCCCCUGUACUAUGUCUGCAGUCUCUGGUCAUCUCCUAUACUAUGUCUGCAGUCUCUGGUCAUCCCCUGUACUAUGUCUGCAGUCUCUGGUCAUCUCCCGUACUGUGUCCGCAGUCUCUGGUUAUCUCCCGUACUGUGUCCGCAGUCUCUGGUCAUCCCCUGUACUAUGUCUGCAGUCUCUGGUAAUCUCCUGUACUAUGUCCGCAGUCUC